GUGCGAACGAACGGACAUCAGUCCAUCGCUGCGUUCACAUAGGACGUACCUACCCGUUGCCGAGCAGUGAGUGAGUUUUCAUAACGAUGACGGUAAUAUUGUUGAGAAUGACGUACGUCGUCGGGCUGUGCGCAUUCGUCGCCAGUGGAGCGGAGCUGCAGACCAACAAGUUCGAGGAGAACGGUACGCUGACGACAACUGUGGCGACGACGGCGAUGGCGGACGACGCCAAAGAACAAGGCAAGAGAGGCGUCUUCGACACCGGUUACGGUUACGGUGCCACCAGUUACAGUAACGUGGUACAAGGUGCACACUUCCAGCACGGUCACGAGCAGCGAGUCAUCGCCAAAACGAUCAUCCAGGAAGUGGCCCAACCGUACCCAGUUGAGGUAGAGAAACGAAUACCUUACCCGGUAAAGGUCGAGGUGCCCGUCGACCGCCCUUACCCGGUGCACGUGCCCAAGCCUUAUCCGGUGCACGUGGAUAAGCCUGUUCCAUACGAGGUCAAAGUCAACGUGCCACAACCUUACACCGUCUACAAGCAAGUCCCGUAUGAAGUCAAGUAUCCAGUCGAUAAGCCGUACACCGUGCACGUACCCCAACCGUACGCCGUUUACGUCGAGAAGCGCGUACCUUACGAAGUCGUCAAGCACGUCCCUUAUCCCGUCAAGGUGUUCGUUGACAAGCCGUACACCGUCAAAGUGCCUGUUGACAAACACAUCCCGUACACCGUCGAAAAGCCCGUGCCCUAUCCAGUCAAAGUACCAGUGGACCGCCCGUACCAGGUGACUGUCGAGAAGCACGUGCCAUAUCCCGUCGAUAAACCCGUGCCUUAUACGGUCGAGAAACGAGUGCCGUAUCCGGUCAGAGUUCCAGUCAAAGUCGAAGUCCCGGUACCUUACGUAGUAAAAGGCCACGAACAAAAGUUAUUUUGGCCAACGCAAAGUAAAGAAAAAGUAGAACAACAGCAACAACAGUACGUACCUGAAGAUCAAUCUCAACUGCAACAAUACAAACCAGAGGUACAGUCACAAUCACAACAAUACGAACCCGAAGAACAAUCUCAACCACAACAGUAUGUGCUUAAAGUACAGUCACAACCACAACAAUACGGAGGCGAUGAACAAUCUCAACCACAACAGUAUGAGCCUGAAGUGCAGUCACAACCACAACAAUACGAAUCCGAAGAACAGUCACAACCACAACAGCAGUAUGUGCACGAAAUAAAACCACAAUAUCAACAACAACAAUAUGAAUCCGACGAACAGUCGCAACCACAACAACAGUAUGUACAAGAACUAAAACCACAUCAACAACAACAAUACGAAGCCGAAGAACAGUCACAACCACAGGAGCAGUAUGGACUCAAGCUAAAACCACAUCAACAACAACAAUAUGAAGCCGAAGAACAGUCGCAACCACAGCAGAAAUAUGUGCAAGAACUAAAACCACAAUAUCAACAACAACAAUAUGAAAACGAAGAACAACUACAAAAACAAGAUAAUAGCGAUGGACAAGCACAGCAGUCUGACGAACACUCGGCACAAUCGCAGCAACAAGGCGAACAAGAGAAAAAUGACUAUUGAUAACUUUUUAAAUUAUUUUUUAUACUACCUAGUCAUAAGUCAUAAUCAUAUUAUAUUUUUUUUGGUUAGGUUAGGUUUUGUGCCGCAGUUACCGAAACCAAAUGUAUUCGACCGUAUGUACUUUCCUCGAUUUAUAACGAGUAUUAUGUAAAUAGCUUUAAUUAAUAAUCAAAUAAAGACUUAUUUUAUAUUAAAA